AUGCAUGCAUCAAUAUCAUCACCUUCAUGCAACCUGACCGGUCUUCAAGAAACCGCUUUGGUGACGCUACGGACUCCACGAUCACAGCGUAAAUUCGACGGAGAUGCAGAUUCUACCAAAUUGGUCAACGACAACUCGGUUGGCAGCUCUUCGAUUGAUUUGAAUAGUUUUGAUUUUGUCAAAACUCCAAAACGACGAAAUAAUCGAGGUCAGCAAUCGCUGAGGCCGGUCAAAGCGAAGCAGCAUGAUCAUGGUAUUCUACUGGCUUUCAAUGAUCGUAUGUUUAUUUAUUUAUUUAUUUUUAUUUUAGAAAAAUUGGUUUUUGAUAUGGUUGGGCAGUCUAAUGUAAUUUUUUAGCAUUUGGCUGGUUUCGAAAAAUCAAAAGAAAAGUUUUGAAAUUUUAAAAUUUAAAUUCCUUAUCAUAUGAACUUUUCCAGAUAUCACAGCAGCUCCUCAAUUCUCAGCGUCUUUGCGGUCUUUAUCAACCAUACAACGACAACAUCGUCGAUUCAGGUAUAGUUUGCUCUAUUUACUAUAUUGA